UGGAGGUUAUGUUGUGAUUUUUGACAGAUGGUGUAUAUUUAUUUCAAUAUUUAGUGGUUAAAAUUUAAGUUAUUUCACAAUACUCCUUACAUUGAAUUGACAAAAUGAUAUCGCAGAAGUAUUUAUUAAAUCGCACGUUGCCUAUAGUCAUCCAACGUGCUGAGGCACACCGCAAACCCCGUUGGCUACCAGUGGCUAAAUCUAAAAUAUAUCGUAUUCCAAAACGACCAGAAAUCUCAGAGGAUGAACGUCUAGAACUGCGCCGCAUAACGAAUAACUAUAAAACACAGAUGCGUGCAGUAAAACGAUUCUAUGUUGAAGAUUUCCUACGAGAGAAGUUAACUUUAGAAAGUGCUACUUCUGAAAUGUCCCAGCGUUUAGAAGCGGAAGAAUGGCAGCGUUGUGAAGAAAUAAAUGAUGUGUGGAACGCACAAGUUGCUGCUGAAAGAGAAGAGAGGAGAAAGAAGGAGUUGAUGGAAAUGGAAGAAUACUCUCUCGCUCGUAUGGAGGCUAAAGAUCGCGAAAUGAGGGAACGACUUGCUAAGGCAUCGUCAAAAAUAAAACGGGAAAAGGAGCUGAGUUCAACAUUUAUAACUCCAGAAAACUUGGAAGCAACCAUAGAUAGUGUUUUAGCCAACCAAGUAGAUUAUAAUUUCGCGAUUGACUUCGGAAGACAAUUUCCCGGCCGAGAUACUAAGAUACAAUAUGAAGACAAUAAAAAGCAGGCACAGACAGCAAAUUAAAAUAUAAGUAUUGAAAGAUAAUAAAAUACCUAUUUCUUAUGCAUCACAAAUGAAAGAAACCUGGGCAUAGGAAAUUAUUUAAUCUGUGAAAAUUGUUAAUAAUAUGUUAGAAAUAGAUAAAUUUAGUUAUA